AAACCGUUCUUUCCGUCCACCACCUACUUAUGAGACAGGAAAUGAUAAGUUUGACGAUCAAGGUGGAAAAAUAAAGGAGAUCACUACUUGGCACGAUCCUUAUGCUUUGUUGACAGACGAAUCAGAGUUAUCUGAAGAAGUGGGCAGCCGCAAAGAAAAUUAUUAUAAUGCGGAUAACAUUUCUAAUUUAGAUGAUGCGAAGGAAGAGGAAGAAGAAGCAUUAAAGUUGCAUAAGAAAAGAAUUAAUGGCGAAUCAUUGGAGUUCAGUAUGGUAUUUAUUCAUUAUAAUUUAAUUGACCUUAUUCCACACAUACAACAAUACGAAUUAAUUUCUUCUUAG